UGUACUUUGACUGAAUUUGAAAAAGGCCAAUAUAUGUUAACGCCAACAUUGGAAGUUAAAAAGAAGGAGAUUAUUGAAACGAUUAAAACUAAACUAACUCAACAUAACAGGAAGAGAAAACGUGUUAGCAAGGAGGAAAAAGAGGAAAAGGAGGAAAUGAAUAAUGGAGUCAAUUCGGAAGUGAAUGGAGUUUCGUCAGCUUCGAGUCCUGCAUAG